AUGGGAACAGAUAACCAGACUUGGGUGAGAGAAUUCAUUCUCCUCGGCCUGUCCAGUGACUGGGACACUCAGGUGGCUCUCUUCAUCCUGUUCUCGGUCACUUACCUGCUGACCCUGCUGGGGAACGUCCUCAUUGUCCUUCUGAUCAGACUGGACGGCCGACUCCACACUCCCAUGUAUUUCUUCCUCAGCAACCUCUCCCUCGUGGAUGUCUCCUACGCCACGAGCAUCGUUCCUCAGAUGCUGGCGCACUUCCUUGCGGAACAUAAAGGGAUCCCCUGCGUGAGCUGUGCGGCUCAGUUAUUCUUCUCCCUGGGCCUGGGGGGGACUGAGUUUGUUCUCCUGGCCGUGAUGGCCUAUGACCGCUAUGUGGCUGUGUGCGACCCCCUGAGAUACCCGGUCAUCAUGCACGGAGGGCUCUGUGCUAGGCUGGCCGUCACAUCCUGGCUCAGUGGCUCUGUCAACUCUCUCAUCCAUACUGCCAUCACCUUUCAGCUGCCCAUGUGCACGAACAAGUAUAUUGAUCACAUAUCCUGUGAAAUCCUAGCUGUGGUCAGGCUGGCCUGUGUGGACACCUCCUCCAAUGAGGUGGCCAUCAUGGUUUCUAGUAUUGUCUUGCUGAUGACACCUUUCUGCCUGGUUCUCUUGUCCUACAUCAGGAUCAUCUCCACUAUCCUAAAGAUCCAGUCCACAGAGGGGAGAAACAAAGCCUUCCACACCUGCGCCUCUCACCUCACAGUGGUUGUCCCGUGCUAUGGCAUGACCAUUUUCACUUACAUCCAGCCCAGUUCCAGCCCUUCUGUGCUUCAGGAGAAGCUGAUCUCUGUCUUCUAUGCCGUUUUGAUGCCUGUACUGAACCCCAUGAUUUACAGUGUAAGGAAUAAGGAGGUGAAGGGGGCCUGGCAGAAGCUUCUAGGACAAUUAUCUGGAUUAAUGUCAAAACUGGCAACUUGA